ACUAAUGCUUAUCACAUGAAUUAGGAAAAAAUUUGAGAGUUAAUUAAAUUUAAAAGUGAUAUAAAGUAAAUUAAUAAAAAUAUAGGGUUAUGGUAUAUAGUUUUUGAUCUUUUGUUGCGACGAAAAAGGAGGCGGUGGCGUGGAGAGGGUAAGUAGAAUUAAAGAUGAAUUCAAUUUCAAUUUCAAGCAUAGUGAAACAGCCUUUUGUUCCCUUCUCAUCAUCAUCAUCAUCAUCAUCACUGCGAUGCAGCAACAACGUCUCUUUCUCUUUCUCUUCUUCUUCUUCUUCCUUUACGAUUCCUUUGCGUUCAAAAUUUCAACCUACUUCUACUAUUCGCUUAGGGGAUUGGAGCCCUAGGCUUCCCCAAAAAUGUGGUGCUGCAUCCACGCCAUCCGAUCCGAACCCGAAUCACUCAUAUCAACCUAUCGCGAUACUGAAGAACUCAAAUUCACUUCUGCCUCCUGCAAUCUUUGCUAGUACGCUGCUAGCUCUAAUCUUCCCACCUUCUUUAACCUGGUUUACUACCAGAUACUAUGCACCUGCAUUAGGGUUUUUGAUGUUUGCAGUUGGGGUCAAUUCAAGUGAAAAGGACUUCCUUGAGGCGUUUAAUAGGCCGGCAGAAAUUGCCACUGGUUAUUUUGGCCAGUUUGUUGUGAAGCCUCUUCUGGGAUAUCUGUUUUAUAUUAUUGCGGUAAAUGUUUUUGGUCUACCAACAGGAAUAGGCGCAGGGAUUGUAUUGGUAGGUUGUGUUAGUGGUGCUCAGCUCUCAAAUUAUGCUACUUUUCUAACAGACCCACAAAUGGCACCAUUAAGCAUAGUAAUGACAUCGCUGUCAACUGCUUCUGCGGUUUUUGUUACGCCACUCUUAUUGUUGUUGCUCAUUGGGAAGAGAUUGCCUGUAGAUGUUAAAGGAAUGGUGUUUAGCAUUACACAGAUUGUGGUGGCUCCUAUUGCAGCUGGCCUACUUCUAAAUCGCUUCUUUCCUCGUAUUUGUAAUGCUAUUCGACCAUUUUUGCCUCCACUAUCCGUUUUGGUGGCAGCUAUCUGUGCUGGAGCACCGCUCGCUCUUAACAUUGACUGUAUUAAAUCUCCCCUUGGAGUUUCAAUCUUAUUGCUUCUUGUUGCUUUUCAUUUGUCAGCUUUUAUAGCUGGUUAUGUACUAAGUGGAUCUGUCUUCCGUGAUUCUCUUGAUGUGAAGCCACUACAGCGAACAAUUUCCUUUGAGACAGGAAUGCAAAGUAGCCUCCUUGCCCUGGCUCUUUCUAAUAAGUUUUUUGAAGAUCCAGUUGUGAGUAUGCCUCCAGCGAUUUCGACUGCAAUUAUGUCUUUGAUGGGAUUUGGCCUUGUCUUGAUCUGGACCAAAAGAGGAAAGCAUGAGACAAAACACAGCACCUCCUGAAAGGUAUGGAUUUAGAUGUGUAUUUUGCACAUUGGGUCCAUCUUGUAUCUUCGCGAGCAUCGGUACUGCUGAAGCUAUCCCAAGAAGGGAUCAACGAAGCAGAAGUUUGAUACAAUGAUAUCACAUUAUUUAUUAUGUACUAUUAUAAUUUUUUUUCACAUUAUUUAUUAUGUACUACUAUAAUAUUUUUUUCUUUCAUCACACAACUUUUUCUAACACAGUUUUCUUAAGGGUAGUGUAGAACCAGUUGUGUGAAAUAAUUGACACUUGUCUUUUUAUGUUUAAGUGGGUAUUUCAAAUUUUAGGAACCUCAAA